AUGUCAAUAACACCGAUAACACACGUUAUAUUUGAUUUGGACGGUACUCUCGUUAACACAAUUAAUUCAGUCGGCUAUGUGUUUGCCGAUUAUGCCCGAAGUUACGGCAAAACACUUGAUGAGGACAUCCGGAAUGGUAUACCAUCAUUGAAAAGUAUACCAAUAUUUUUCAAUAAAUUUUUGGACACAAUUCACGGCCCGGCGGACAACGGUUUAGUCGACAGACAGACUGUAGUCCAAGAGCUGGUCGACAGGGUUUACGAAUCGCCUGCACUGUCGCUCAUACCGGGUGUCGACCGACUGGUCCGGCAUUUGCGCCGACAUAGGAUACCGAUGGCAGUGGCCACGGCCAACACCAGUCAAAACAUGGCUAGACUUUCUGGCCAGUUUGGCCAAUAUUUUCGCCAGGGUAUCAAUUUUGAGCAUAUGGUAAGCGGUUGGGACGAUCCGGAUGUUAGGCGCCAGAAACCCGAACCCGAUGUCUACUAUGUUUGUGCCGGACGUUUCCAAACACAACCGCUAAGCUAUGAUAACGUACUGAUUGUUGAGGACUCGUUGACUGGUAUUACCGGUGCUUUGGCUACCGGUAUGAAAACAUUGUUGAUUAACGACCGGAAAACUGUCAACUUUGAUGCCGUUGCCAAUAGGAUUACAUGUAUUGCCGAUAGUUUCGAUGAUUUUAGACCCGAAUCAGUAGGUCUACCCCCGUAUGAUGAUUGA